AUGGUCAAGUGUUGUGUUGUUGGGUGCUCGUCGGGGUACUACAAAAACAACACAGAAAAAAUUACGCAAUUUUCUGUCCCGAAAGACGAAAAACUACGAGCUAUUUGGGCAAGAGCAAUUCCACGAGACAAUUUUAUAUUAAGUGAAAAACAUUUUGUAUGUUCCAAACAUUUUCAUGAAGACGAAAUAAUCCGAUUUUGGCAGUCCGGUACAAUACAGAUUCCAUAUAAACAAUUUAAAUUGAAAAUUGGAGCGGUUCCUUCAAUUUUUCCUGGCCCAAAGUACCUAUCCAAGACUUUAAAAAGAAGAAAAGAUCCUGCUAUUCGAAAAUUUGAUGUCCCUUCCAAAAAAAUUAAACUCUCCAUACCAAAUAACCUUCCAAAUUAUGUUGAUGAAAAUGUAGAUGUAUUGGAACAAUGUAGUAAUGUUAAUAAUCUGUUUAAUGAAAUAGCCAACCACGAUAAUUUGUCAUCCAUUAUAAAGUGGCCUUUUACAUUAUCUGAUAGCAAUAAUGAUGUUAAAGAGCAAAGUUAUAACUUUGUUUCAUUGUCUUCUGGAGAUUCAUUUCCUAUUGUGGAAAAAGCAAUUAAAGUUAGUAAUUCUGGAACAAUUACUUUUGGAAUUUUCGGUAAGGAAAUUAGUAAUACUAUUAUCAAUAUAACACCAGGAGAAAAUAUUUAUUCAUUUGCUGAAAAUAUUAAAGAAUUUGAAAAAUUAAGUGUUUGUUAUGGUGGACCAAGAGCUGAAGAAUUUCCUAACUUUUCUUCAAACCUAUGUACUAAAUCAACAACAGGAAGAUUGAAACAUAAUCAAUGUAUACAAGUGGUUAAAAUUGGUUCAUCAUCUUGUAUACGGUGUGCUAGACUAAGAAAUGUAUUAUAUAUGCAGAAACUGAGAAUAAAUUCAAACAAACAAAAAUUAAUUCAACUAUCGCCCACAAAAAGAAACGCAAGUUUCCGUAGAAUUAAAAACAAUUUACAAAAGAACUUUAAUAGGGCUAAGAAAAAAGUCACUGACCUGAAGUUAGAGUUGAAUAAUGUACAAAAAGAAAUGUCAAAAAUAAGUGAUUAUUCUAUUAAAGAAAAAAUUGAUCUAUGUGAAAAUAUAAAUGAGUCUCAAAAAACUUUAAUACUAGAAUGUUUUACUGCAAGUAAAGUAAAAAAUACAAAAAAUCGUAGAUAUUCAGAUAACUGGCUAAUGCUCUGCUUAUUAUUUAAUAUCAGAUCUCCUAGUGCAUAUAAAUACCUGCGCAAUAGUGCAUUAUUACCCUUACCACAUCCUAAAACCGUUAGACGCCAUUUAUCGUUAAUUAAAUCUACUUGUGGGUUUGAUGAAGACUUUUUGAAAAUACUAGCUAAAAAAGUUGACAAAAUGAAUAGUAAAGAGAAACAUGGAGUACUUCUAUUUGAUUCAAUUAAUCUUAGAAAAAGUAUUCAUGUAAAUUCGUCAAAUUUAACAUAUUUAGGUUUAGAAGACUAUGGUAAUGAUAUACCACAUGCUGGCCAUAAAGAAUAUGCGGACCAUGCAUUGGUUUUCAUGUUCCAAUCCCUUGGCUCUAAUUUUUACCAAACAAUUGGUUGUUUCGCUUCAAAAAGUGAAGUUAAAGGGGUCGUUCUUGCAAAAUUGGUAUUAAAAGCCAUAAUACUUUUAAAUAAUAUUGGAAUUAUAAUUGAUGGGAUUGUAUGUGAUGGUGCAAGCACAAACAGAAAAAUGUGGUCUGAAUUAGGUAUUAAUGGUACCCAGGAAGGAAUGAAAAAUUAUUUUGAGCACCCAACUAUUCCAAAUAAAAGGGUCUACGCAUUUUCUGAUUUUAUCCACCUGUUCAAGUGUGUUAGAAACCGUCUCUACAAUAAUAAAAAUCUAAGACUUCAUUCGGAUUCUGAGAGUGUUGCUUGGGGAUACUACAAAGAAGUUUUUAAAGAAGACAUAAAGCAUCCAGCAAAUCUUAGAAUUAUUCCGAGAAUAACACUUCAGCAUCUUGAUCUCUUUCCAAUGGCAAAAAUGAGAGUUAGGCUUUGUACACAGGUAUUCAGCAUGAGUAUGGCCAAAGCUAUGCGAUACUAUAAGAGUAAAAAUUGUCUCAUGCUAAAAGGUUCUGACGAAACAGCAAAUUUUACAGAGUUUUGGAAUAAUCUGUUUGACAAUUUGAAUCGUAACCUACCGUGGCAAGGCUUAAAAAUAGAUGACAGUGAAGGAUUUCAGAACUUAAAGGAUGCACUAUACUACAUUGAUUGUUGGGAAAAUGAGAUGUUAUGUGGAAACAUUAGCACAGCAGAGUUUUUAACAAAUCAAACGGCUGAGGGAUUAAGAGUUACACUGAAUUCCACGAUUGAUUUGUCAAAAUAUUUGUUAGAAACAUGUGACUGA